AUGGGUGAUGAAGAAAUCACUUUCUCCCAACACCAAGACAACAUCUGCGAUCACCUCUCCACCGGCAACAGACAGUCUCCUCUAUCCCGCUCAAUUCUUCAAGAACCCCUUCCCAAGAAGCCCAUUCUCAAACACGACCACUUCGGCUACAAGAAACUCUCCCUUUCUCAGUAUUUCACCCCCGCGCCGCUCCGCCGCACUAUUUCAGAACCAAUUUAUUCUCCGGGCACCACCAAUUCCACCGCGGCGCCUCCAAGAUCGUCGGAAAUCCCCAAUUCUCCAGCUCCAGUCAAUGCUGGCCAAGAAAUGGCGCCGCCCGCUCUACACCGCACAAUGUCCGCUCCGAUUCCUGUCUUCGCCGCCACUCCGCCGCGCCCAUCCGCCGGGAGGAAACCUUCUAGGUCUCCCACCCGCGGAGAGAAUCCCAGUGCCAAGAGGUUGAAGAGGAUGAAGGAGCGGUUGAAAGUGAUGAGCGAGUGGUGGAACCAAGUUGCCAGUGAAGACGAUGAUGAGGAAAAUCUUGAAUCCGAAAAUGAUAACGAUCCCAAGGAAGAGUGUGAAGGAGAGGCUGAAAUUCCUUCACAAGAAGCUGUGUUUGUGGAGAAGAGUGGAGAAUGCCUAGUCCUCCAUUUCAAGUGCCCUUGUGGUGAUGGCUACCAGAUUCUGCUUUCUGGGGACAACUGCUACUACAAACUCACUAAUUUCCGAAACAGCUGAGGAUAAAUCUUCUACCUCGAAGAUUUCUAGUGACUGACUGACUGAUCAAAUAUUAGACAUGCUCGUUCGCUUGUGUAAUCUACACCUCAUACAUACAUCUUGUGAUUAAUAUUCAUGUACAAAGAAUUUUGCUGGGGUAUCAGUAUAUGUUCAUUGAUUUGUUUCUUUGCUAGAC